AUGGAGGACGAGAAAUCCAAGAAAAAGAAAGGUGCUGCUCACCGGAAGUCUCUGUCGUGUGAAUAUUGCAGUCGGUCCUUUGCUCGCUUGGAGCAUCUCCAACGCCAUCUCCGCACCCAUACAAAGGAGAAACCCUUCUCAUGUGACAUUUGCUCCAAGUCUUUUGCUCGGAGUGAUCUUCUAGUGCGACAUGAGCGAUUAGUCCACCCUGCCGAGUCUGCGGCUAGUCGAGAGCAUCGAACGAAUGGCACCGAGCCCAAUCAUGAAAUACCAAUUCAAAACAACAUCAUCCAACCGGCCCACCAUGAGUCGCGCAUGCUAGAACUGGCAGACGCUAUUCCGGUACACACUCAAAUACCUCCGCCUCCGCCACCCGAAGUACAAGUCCAGCCUCCUCCGAUUAUAGAUACACCUCACUUCAAUCCCUCUUGGGGAUAUGAUUUGAAUCUCCUGUCCCAUGCUGCAAGUCAUGUUGCCUUGGAAGGUCAACAGGAGAGCUUGGAGUCUAUCAGAAAAUCUUCACAAUCGAUCCCAACCUCACAACCACUUCCCCACGUUCAGGAAAGAACAAUCAAUGAUAAUUAUGGCGUAGAGCCCUCUAUUCUCGAUCUUACAGAUCUUGGGGAUCCUGUGCAGGAUUUCACGGUUUUCCUGGAAAGUGUGGGUCUGUCGUCCGAUUGGGACUCGGGCGUAUUCUCGUCCGUCGAGGAACCCAUGAUGCCGCCAAGCAUGACAAUUGAUUCCAAACCGCCUCGUGAUACCAUGUCAUCACGACUGGGUGAACAUCUCAUGAAUGAUUCCCGAGUCGAUGAUCAACCGUCGUUCUCAAAUUUCGGAUCGCGGCUACCUUCAUUGCAACCGGAAUCCCACGAAAUGGAUGACCGUAUCGGUCUUGCUGAUGAUAGCACUCGACCUGCAUGGGAUAUCUCUAACUCGGACCGCCAGGCAUUUAUUACGAAACUUGAGGAAUUCUCAUAUGUCCUGCCCAAAGGGUUUGUUCCGCCGUCACGCCAUGCCCUAUCCCGAUUCUUCGCUGGAUAUAUCAACGGACUCAACGAGCAUCUUCCAUUCUUACAUGUCCCGACACUUUCCGUUGCCAAGUCAUCUCCGGAGCUUACCCUGGCGCUAGCAGCUGCCGGCUCCCAUUACCGAUUUGAAAACAGUCGAGGCAUUGAUUUGUUUCAUGCAGCGAAGGCAAUUCUGUUAGAGCGACUUCGGCGACGAGACAGUAAACAAGUACCCCAACCGACAUGGAAUUAUAUUUCACCACCCUCUGGGUUUGCCAAUUCCCGCGGAUCAUCCAUGAUUUCAAAUACGGCGAGCAGUCCGUUUCAACAUCAUCAACAAAUGUCAAAUGUCCCAAUGAAUCCAUCGAUCUACACACUGGAUGACUCGGAUGCUCAUAUGGAGGUGAUUCGAACAUUUUUACUUCUAACUGUAUUCGCCUCAUGGGAACGACACCCAGAACUUUUGCGGGAAAUUCUCUCACUUCAAAGUACUUUGGCCAGACUUGUUCGCGAGCAUGGCUUGUCUGAGCCUGCUCCUACCCCAGAUCCUAUCAGCUGGGAAGAGUGGGUCCGAAGAGAAGGUAACAGACGCACGAAGCUCAUCGUGUAUUGUUUCUUUAAUCUUCACUCGAUCAUGUACAACAUUCCUCCUCUUAUUCUAAACGGGGAGUUGAAAUUGAACAUGCCGUGCUCCCAUGAUCUUUGGAAAGCAACCAAUGCUCCUCAGUGGCGCCGUGUUCAUCGCACCAGACAGGGCUCGGAUGUCCCCUUCCAGGAGGCUUUUGCCAGACUCUUUUUCAAAUCCUCUCAUGCAGUCCCGUCGGCACCUAUAUCUCCUCUCGGGAAUUACAUCCUUAUCCAUGCCAUCAUUCAGCAAAUUUUCUUUGCUCGACAGCUGUGCCUCUCGGCGCCUCACAUGCAGGGUACCAGUCUAAGGCAGGACGAUCUGAAUGUUCUGGAUAACUCAUUGAGCGCAUGGAAGGCUCUAUGGAAGCGCACACCCGAAUCUAGUAUCGAUCCCCAAAAUCCUGCUGGUCCGAUCGCAUUUACUUCCACCGCUCUGCUCGGGCUCGCUUAUAUCCGUCUCCACGUUGAUUUGGGUCCCUGCCGUCAUCUCAUCACUCAAGAUCCUGCUCAAAUUGCAGGAGCUCUCAUCGAGUCGCCUGCAAUCGCACGUAGCCCACGGUUAAUAAUGGCAUUGCUCCAUUCGGCUCAUGCUCUUUCGAUCCCAGUCCGUCUAGGGAUUGACUUUGUGGCCAGAACCCAUUCCUUCUUCUGGAGUAUCCAGCACUCUCUUUGCAGUUUGGAAUGCGCAUUCCUACUCAGUCGCUGGCUACUUUCCAUUCCGGCCUCACAGCCAGAGCAGAGGCUGUCGGAGCAUGAGCGUAAACUCCUCCUGUGGAUCAAGAGCAUGAUGGAUGAAACCGAAAUGGCUGUUGAUCCUCUUGGGGCACCGGAUAUUGAGUUCAUGGCUAAUCCAUACAAGGUGCGCCAGCUUAGUGUUGCGAUUGUCCGUGUUUGGGCGCGGACUUUCAAGGGCAACACUAGUUGGGCAAUUGUUGAUUUAGUCGGGUCUAGCUUGGAUGCUUAUGCUGACCUGUUGGAAAGCUGA